UUUUUUUUCCUCAUCAGCUUUCUGCCUAGUAGUAAACAAAUGGAUGCAGCAGCGCUUCGCGGUAAAAACAUGAAAAAUGUGAUCAGACAGCGAGGGUUUAAGCGACGACAAUGCCCGGACAGAAGAAAAAAUACAGCGUACGGUUCCCUCCUGGUCGCAUCAAAAAAAUCAUGCAGAAGGACACAGAGGUUGGGAGGAUAGCGAUGGCGGUUCCCGUGAUCAUCUCUCGGGCCUUGGAGAUCUUCCUCAAGUCUUUGCUCACCAAAACCUGUUCGAUAACUCAGGCAAAGUUCAGCAACGUCGUGUCUGUGGCUCACAUGAAGCAGUGCAUAGAGUCAGAGAAACUCUUUCAUUUUCUCAAAGACCUGGCAGAAGCCGCCACAUCUACAGCAACCCAGAUGGACAACAAAGGCAUGAGUGUGUGGCCCAUGUACAGGACCAAAAAGAACAACAUUUCUGUUCCAAAACCAUCUGGAGCAGGAAAGACCGUGCCCCAAAGGAGCCUCCUCCCACUUGAAAGUGACUCCAGCUCAAGUGAGUCAGAGCUCUACAUCUGCUUAUAACCUGGCCUUCCAGCAGCACAUCACUUCUGUUGACGCGUCUUUCGGCGUUGCUGCUUCUCUGAUGGGCAGACAACACACCGCUCACCACCGGGACACUACUAGCUCACACCAACCUGAUGGUUUCUGGAGAUAACCCAGAAACAAGCGCUAGUCAGCAGGUUCAAUCCAUGCUGACACGCAAAGCUUUGGUUAGGAGCAGAUUGUCCCUGGAGGACGGGCUUGUCGCUACAGGGGGAGUCGUAGCCGACUCAAAGGGUUUUGAAUUGUUUAUGAAAGUUUGCAAUGGAAGUAAAUACAAAUACUUUUCUGUUGAUAGCGGAUUUUCUUUAUUUAAGAUCAUAAUCUUCAGAUUUGAUACUGAUGUGAAAUAUUUUCUUUAACCCCUGUAGUUUAUCCCAAGCUAAAAAAAAAGCUUGAUUUUUCUUUUCUUUUGGCACCUUUAAUUAUUUAAAUGCUGAUUAUGCAACAUGCAGCGAUCCUUAAGACCAACUGAGUGCUUACGGUAUGUGAUGGCAACCUUUGUGGUUUCUAUUUUUUUUUUAAAGCGCUUGUAAAUUAAUAUUUUCUAAACAAAGUGAUGUGCAAAUCAAUCAAUGCAAAAACAAGGUAAAUAAAACUAAAGCGAGAGCUUACAGCAAUUUGUUUAUUCCAAGAAACCAGUUCUUUAAACAUGGUUUUGGGUUGAAGUGAAGAAUAAAUAGAGAAUUUCUGUUCUUAGAGUAUUUUACUGCAUAUUUACAUUUUGAAGCUAUAUAUAUAUAUAUAUAUAUAUAUAUAUAUAUAUA